AUGGGCAGCCAGGAGGUGUCAGUCACGAAGAAUAAUCGAUUCAUUAACUGCUACAAGAUGCCGGAGUUUGUCAACAUCACAUCGCUAGAUGACGUGAUUGUUAAUGCUGGAACAACCGCUAGGGCAACUAGCGCAGCUUGCGGUGACACCUACUACAUGCAUCAUUCCGAAGACACCGGCGAGCUGGUCACUAUUGGAAUCUCCGAUAUCUUCGACGGUAGCACCGAUCUGACUGGUCUCUACGGGUUUGACGCUUUCGCUUCAAAUCGCCUAUUAUUCUAUAUGGGCGGUAUCUACGCAGCGGACUGGGACGGGAGCAUGAUACCGAUGUACGAGGCGGCUUGCGACUGGGUAAGU